AUGCCGGAGCGAAACUCACCCCCGCGGUCGGAUCGUCAACGACCACCAGAAAGAAACGCUCACGCUCAGGGCCAAGGCGAGAGGCGGGGCCCCAGACGUCCAGGGGCUGCUGCGACGGCGGCUGCUGCGGCUGCUGCUGCUGCUGCGGCGGCGGCGACUGCUGCGGCUGCUGCUGCUGCUGCUGCUGCGACCGCUGCCGUGCAUGCGGGCCAGUGUGAAGAGUGUAGAGACCGGAGCCCGGCUCAGCAGCAAAGGUGGCCAGAGGCUGUGAGAGACCCGGAGGGAGCAGCAGGACACGGCAAAGUGGUAGUGUGA